AUGGUCGCCAUCUCAAGAAUCAUCUUCUUCGCCCUCGGCGCCUCCGCCGCCAACGUCGGUAUCCGAGCCUCCUGCGGGCCCAAAGAACAACAACUCAUAAACGGAAAAUGCUGCCAAGGCGUAGCCCUCGCCGAUUCCAACGGUGGCACCGACUGCUGCGUGCAAAGCGCCGACAACCCCUUCGUGAUCACCAGCAACAUGAAGUGCAUCGCGCGCAUCAACGAGGACGACCCGGACUACGACACGAAGUACAAGGACGCGAUUUCCGGUGCGUCUUCUUCUACUUCAUCUUCCUCUCCGUCUUCUACUCCUACCGCUUCUGGCACUUCGUCGGAUUCCUCCGCCUCCAGUUCUCCUACCUCUGACUCGGACUCAGGCUCCUCUGAUUCGAAGACCAAUGGCGCAUUUGAGGGUAACAGGGCUACGCUUGGGAUGGUGGUUGCUUUGGCUGCUGUUCCGGUCGUUUUCUACGGUCUUUAA